UGGCUAUCGAUUUUUUCGUGCAGCCUUUGACGCACUUUUCGCGUGUGUAACUGACGUGCAAGCGUCCACACAUGUUGAUUGGAUGUGAAACUGUGCAACUACCACAUUUUCCACUUGAUUUAAACACAAUUUUCCUUAUUUUAAUUACCUCAAAAUUCGCUUGUGAAAAAAUUCGUCUCGCCGGUAGAGAUAUGUUUGUGUUUGUUUAAUGGAUGAAAAGCGCUACCUUAAGCGCAAGGAGAAGGCGCGCAGCGAUGGCAAUCGAGAGCAGGUUGCGGUUAGCUGUAAUCAGCUCGGAGACUUUUACAACCAGCAGGGAAAGUACAACGAGGCGGUCCAGGAGUACAAGCAGGAGGCGUCCAUCUAUGCCAGCAUGGGCAAAGAGCUGGAAACAGCCAGGGCCAAGCGAAUGGUGGGUGAAAUGUUCACCCUGCUGUGUGACUACGAUGCGGCCAAGGACCACAUCAACGACUACCUGAAGAUUGCCAAGCGGCUGAAGAAUCAGGUGGAGCAGCAGAGAGCGUAUGCCACGUUGGGACGCGUCCACCUGUUGCAUGGCCAGAGCUUGACGGACAGCUCGGCCUCGGCGGCCAUGGAGCAGCUGAAGCUGGCGGAGAAGAGCUUCCUGCGCAGUCUCUUGCUGAUCAAAGAGCUUACGGGUCAGAUUUCGAAAUUGGAGCAGCUUGACAUGCAAGCGCGGUGCUAUUUAAAUAUUGGCGUCGUUAAAGAGCACAUGGAGGCGUUCGAAGAGUCCAUCGAGUACAUUGACAAAGCGAUAAAGAUCAGCAAAACCCACGAUUUGUUCGAGCUGACCCACUUGUGCUACAUUUCGAUGAGCUUGCUAUACAACUGCAAAAAGAACGACGCAACGGCGGCUCUGCGCUUCUGCAAUAUGGCUCUGGAAAUGGCCAAGCGACUGCCCAACAAAGUGAAGAAAAUCUGCGAGACGCUGAUCACCAAAUCCGAGAUAUUGAUCAAGGCCGGCGACUUUGCCAGUGUCAAGCAGAUCCUCACCAAGGCCUACAAAAAGAACACCCCGGAUGAGAACGAUCGGGCGAGCAUUGAGCGCACGCUGCGAAUUGUGGUAAAGAUAUGCCAGACCUUGGACGAGCUGGUCCUAACCAGUUCGGUGGACUAUGCCAAGCUGAAGAGCUUGUACGAGAAGCUGGGCGAUGGCUGCUGCCACUUGAUGAACUACGAGAAGGCUCUGGUCUACUACCAGAAGAUGUUGCAGAACGCAGAGCUUAACCAGGAGACUGGCAAGAGUCUAGUGCCCAUCUACGUGAGCCUUUAUCAAACGUACAGGGACAAUAGGCAGUACGACAAGGCCCUGGAGUAUCUCUGGAAGGAGUUUGAGGUAAACCAGGACGUUCCGUCUGAGGCCUUCACUACCCUCUGCACCAUUGCCGAUAUCUGUGAGCAGCAGUCGCAUCCAUUCUGGACCGUACACGAUGUGUACCAAAAGGCUCUGAGGCAGGCGAACAAGUCGGGCGCCGCAUCCGCCAAACUGGAGAAGAUUGCCCUGGUGCGGCUGAGGCGACUGCAGCUGAAGCACAAUAUGGAUGUACUCGUCGAAGUUCUAGAGACGGAAGCCAAGGCCAAGGGCAUCGAUUUGGCCGCCGAAGCCAAAAGAGAGGAGGAUGAAGAGGAGGAGGAGACGGAUCCCGAUUCAGGGGGCAUCGCUGUGCAGCAAAAUACACCCGACUGGGACGACGACUUCGAUUUGGAUACGCUGACCGACUCGGAUGCCAGUGACUUGGAUGAGAGCGAGAAGCUGCGCCCGCAACGUGCCACUCGAGGCAGUCGUUCGCUGGCGAUCAAAAAGAACAACAAGGGGGAGACGCAGCUUCAUCAGGCGUGCAUUGCUGGCAACCUGGAGCUGGUCCGACGCCUGAUAGACCAGGGCCACACCGUAAACGUGAGAGAUCACGCUGGUUGGCUUCCGCUGCACGAGGCCUGCAACCACGGCCAUCGGGAGAUUGUGGAACUGCUGCUGGACAAGGGAGCUGCCACGGCCAUCAACGACAAGGGCGGCACUAGCUGCGACGGCAUCACUCCGCUGUACGAUGCCUGCGCCAAUGGGUAUCUGGACGUGGCGGAGCUACUGCUGGACCGUGGAGCGGAUGCCACGGUGCGGACGGACUACAACGAAACCUGCAUUGUCGGACUGGACAAGUGGCGACAGUCGGCGCAGCUGGUGGAGGGGGAACAGGCCCAGUAUGCCCAGUUGCGGGAGCGUCUGCUUCGCACGCUCUCAAAGGUGGGAAUUUGUAGCGAAAGGAAUGACAGACCCUUGACCAAUACCAAUGUGAAGAGUUCUAGCCAUGGUAGCGAAAGUAUAUCGGAGGAAGAUGAAGAGGAGGGUCUGAGAGAGAGCCAGCUGCGAUCCCUAAGUCAUAAUCGAUCGGGCAGCGAGUACGGAGCUAAGAAAUACGGCUCCAGUCCUGCCCAGCCCAGCGCCAGCAAGGAGUACCGCAGCGUCAUGGCGCAACUGAAGCGUCCGAAUCGAAUAAGUGAUGAGGCUCCCAGCAGCAGCAGCAAAAGCAACCAGAAACGCACUGCCUUCCUGGACUCGGGCGAGGUAGAUGCGGAUAAUUGGCUGAUCGACGAUGUGGGGCCGGAGAGGAAGCGCAAACGAUUCAAUUCGGGCAGCAUCAGCACUCGUCCGUCCAAGGAAAGUCUGCAGGACUCGGCAUUGUCUCUGCAGCCAAAUUGGGAGGAUGAUCUCCUGCAGGCCACACCCGAAGCAGAUAUCAGCUCCCAGAAGCGCCAAAAGCAGAUGAGAAAACUCACGCUGUCGCGGUCCUCCAGCAUGAACAGCAACCACAGCGGUUCCGGCACCCGCAAGCCCAAGCAACAGACGACGCUGCUGGACAGCGGCUUCAGUCGGUUUCGCAGUGAGAGUCCCUUUGGCAGCGAUUCGUCCCUCGAUGGGGCCGCCUCGGUGAUAAGUCUGCGCACCACAGAACCAGACUCCACCACUGGCACCACGUCCAUACAGCUGCUCAUCUCUCCGUGCAAGUCGUCGCCCAUUAAAGUGCAGGCCACGCCUGUCCUGGCCACCACCGUGUCGUUCAAGGUGAAGGUGCAGGAUGAACUCUUGCUGGUUCCGGUUGAGCGCAAGAAACUGCAGGACAUCAACAUGCGUUGGCUGGCCGAGGAGGCUGGAAGGCGCUACAACAAAUUAACUGGCCUCACACCCCUGCUGCGCCUCAAGACAGCCGAUGGCUUUGCCUACGAGGAGACGGAUACGGUGAGCGUGGCCCUUGAGCAGAAUAUGCUGAUGGCCACGAUUUUGGAUUGGAAAAUCUCACCGCUCUCCCAGCGCUACGAGGAGAUGUGCCACCAACUGCAGAGGACUGUGGACAACAAGGUCAAGCCAGUGCUGGAGCGUUCGCAGAACACGUUAAUGCUGGAGCUCUCUGGCCUCUGGCUGCGCGCCCAACAAACAGAGCCCGUGUUUAAGGCGCUGCUGCAUCAAGCACGUCUCACGGUGCUGGACCUGUCGCGCAACUUUAUUGGCAACGAGGGCUGCCAGCAGUUGGGCAAGGCUCUGCCCACGCUGCUGCAGCUCAAGGCACUGCGACUGAAAUGCAAUGGCAUUGGCUACCAGGGAUUGGAGUCGCUGCUCUUUGGUCCGGGCAUGGAGAAACUCGAACUGUUGGAGGAGCUGCAACUGAGCCAAAACCCCCUGGGCAAUGCCAGUGCCAGGACGCUGCACAAAUUUUGUGCAAGUCCCGCUGGUCGUGCGCUCACUUCGCUGCAUCUGGCCCAGUGCGAUCUGACGGAACUGCAGGACUUUGAUCUGGGAUUCAGCCAACUGAGCAGCUUCGACAUCAGCUUCAACCAGCUCAGCCAGCAGAGUGUGCGGCGGCUGGCGGAGCAGCUAAACAGCUGCCGUUUGGAGCACUUGAACAUGAGCUACGUCCGCUGGCCGCUCGACGAGGCAAGUGGCUUUGCUUUGGCCGAUCGUCUGGUGUGCCUGCUGGAAGGCGGCACAUGCGAGCGUUUUGUUCGCGUAGAGCUCGCCGGCUGUGGACUGACCGAUGCCCAUCUGUACAAGAUUACCCAGCAUCUGGCCAAGGCCAAGCAGCUGCAGUGGCUGGACAUCAGCGACAACGGCAGACUGAGUGGCACCGCCCUGGGCUACAUGCUGGACGAUCUGCCGCAGCUCCGCUCGCUCCUGGCGGCUAAUUGUACGAGUUUGAUGGACGACGCUCGUCUGCAUAAGCUGGAGCAGCACAAGCAGCUUCCCAGGCGCCUAGAUUUAACCAUUGACGAGAAGGUGUUUACUCUGCCCGGUGCAUUGGAGACCCUUCAGUCCAUUUGGCAGCUGCAAUUCGGAGCCAAGGCCAAGAUGCAGACCACAUCCAAGGGUCGACGGAAUGGUAAGCUUUACAAGGGACUCCUCAGGCUCUGUGCGGAUGAAAACGAACUGGAAUAGUCUACUUAUUAUGUUACAUAUAUGAUCCACCCAUCCCUCGUAUUGUGUGCCAGCCUUAUUUUUUAUUGUUUGACAAAUAUUAAUAGCGAAUCUAAGUACACCUUAUCGCCGCGCAAAUAGGCCAAAUGGCUCAACUGAAGGGUGGCAGCCCCCACUGGACUGAUACGCUAUCAGCGGAUGACGGCAGUGACAAUGAAUUUAGUCCAAGCCCAUGAGUACGGGCGGGCCGGGAUCUUGAUCUACUAAGGCAAAGUCUCGCAGACAAACAAUCGACUCAAGCGGCGGAAACAAACAUGUAAUUGUCUCCACUUCUCACUCUGUUGGAAUCAUCGAGUGUCGAGGGCUUAUGUAACUAUAAUUGUACUUUUAUUUAUCGAAUUUUGUGAAUGUGGUGGUCCAAUGAGUAUGACUGAGGUGAUUGGAAGUGAAGCAUCUGCAACUUGGACUUAGGCUUUGCCCUUGGCCGCCUCGUACAUGUUUCUGGAGAUGAUGAGACGCUGGAUCUGAGAGGUGCCCUCGUAGAUCUGGUAGAUCUUGGCAUCGCGCAUCAGCUUCUCCACGGGAUACUCGCUGUUGAAGCCAUUGCCGCCGAAGAUUUGGACGGCAUCGGAGGCGAUCUUGUUGGCCACAUCGGCGGCAUGGCACUUGGCAAUGGAGGCAUAGUAGCUGUUGCGGCGGCCCUGGUCAAUCUCCCAGGCGGACAGCCGCCACGCCAGACGCGAGGUCUCCACACCGAUGGCCAUAUCCGCCAGCAUGAACUGCACAGCCUGAUGGUAGGCGAUGGGCACACCGAAUGCCUUGCGCUCCAGGGAAUACUUAAGUGCCUCGUCGAGGCAACGCUGAGCCAGACCGACGGCGCCGGCGGCCACUGGAGGGCGGGUCUUGUCGAAGGUGCCCAUGGCAAUCUUGAAGCCGGCUCCCUCGCCAAUCAGCACGUUCUCCUUGGGCACGCGCACAUCCUCGAAGGUGAUGCCGCGCGUGUCGGAGGCGCGCUGUCCCAUGUUCUGCUCCUUGCGGCCGGGCGUCAGGCCGGGAGAAUCGCGCUCGACAAUGAAGCCGGUGAAGGCCUUGCUGGACGGGCACUUGGGAUCGGGAUUGGUGCGGGCGAGCACGAAGUACCAGUUGGCCACACCCCCGUUGGUGAUCCACAUCUUCUGGCCGUUGAGGAUGUACUCGUCGCCCUUUUUCUCGGCGCGCGUCUUGAUGCCAUUCACAUCGGAACCUGCACCGGGCUCGGUCACGCCGUAGGCGGCCACCAGCGGCUCCUCGAGGAGACGGCCAAGGUACUUCUUCUUCUGUUCCUUGUUGCCAGAAAGGAUCACAGGGGUUUGCUAUGUGGAGAAUGGAGCAUAUGGAUGUAGAGCAGCUGGAAGUUGUUGGGAUUCAUUGAGACUUACACCCAGUCCGCUAGCCUCGAGGGCCGUCAUGAUGCCGGUGCAGCCAUAGGCCAGCUCCUCGGCCGUCAGACAGGUGGUGAACACAUCCAGCUCAAGGCCGCCAAGAUCCGCGGGAAUGUGGUUGUUCAUCAGACCCAGCUCCCAGGCCUUCUUUAUGAUCGGCCACGGGUAGUCGCCGGUCUUGUCGUAUUGCGCGGCCACGGGGAUGAUCUCCUCGCGUGUGAACUUGCGGGCCAUCUCCUGCAGCUGCAGCUGCUCCUCCGUCAGGGCAAAGGAGGUGCCAUUGGGCGACACCUGGGACACGGCGGCGUAGGACCGACUUUGAGCCACCAGCUGUCGCAGGGCUGGCGCUGCAAUCUGCGUGGAGGAGAGAUGGAGACAAACACACAAACAACGUUUAUUAACCAGAUUCCGAUUGAAUUCAAGUGCAAAAGCUGAUCCAUAAAACGGUGCUAUUAAUAUUCGCAGAGGGGGGCAAAGUACACGGUGAACACAGAUAAGCGAAAAAAUCAAAUCUGUUUAUGCAGACGAUCAACAAUUCUGCUGGCGUCAUCAGGUUGUGAGAACUUUGUACCUCCUACGCCUUGGACUCUACGCUUUUCACUUUCCCUCUACGUGGAAAGUCUGCUCUUACCUUGUUGAGGAACGCCAUUGGUCUAUGCGGACUCUAAAUCCGUACAAAAAUAUACACAAUAUAUUUAGUUUUGACUAGGUCGCCUUGCUGUUUGCUUGCUCACUCGUUGAGUCUUCGCCGCGGAAUGAGAAAUGAUCCAAACGAGUUAGGCAAAUGCGCCGGCGAGGCAAUGGCAGCCAAUUUGGACAUUGGACUCUGUGGCUGUGGCUGUGCUGCGCUGCGCUGCGCUGAGUUGGCAGAGAGGCAAAAGCUGCACCAGACUUGUCUCUAAUGUCUGAUGUCUAAUGGUACAUACCCUGUACAUAUGUGAAUGCCCACCACAUACACAUGCACAUACAUAUGUAUGUCUGGGCGAUAAGAAGAGAUGAAUGCUUUGAAAACGGAAUGCGCUGCCUCUCUACAUGGGCUACAUGCUACAUUACAUGGGCUGGAAAGCUCUCUUAAAUGUUAUUUGAAAGUUAUUUAAAUGAACAAUCAUACAUAUUCUAUAUUCCAUGACGAAUUGAGCUCAUAGGCAUGCCUUUGAUUGGUUCUAAUUCAGCAUUCAUAUCCAGUUUGAAUGCCAAACAAGUUCCUAGACGAGAUGCGACACACCCCCUUUUUGGAACAGUAAAAGUACUCGAAAUACCCUACCGCAUAAGCUGGACUACCGCUCGACGUAAGCUUCAUUGAAUGACGCAACGUAGACUAAAGCUUUUAGCAGACGGAACGUAACGGAGCGCAAGGAAAGUUUUGUGUGUAGUACGUGUAAAAUAUAGCACAAAAGGCAUAUAAGACUUAAGAUGAAACUGUACUCCGAGAGA